UAUCAAACAUCAACCCGAUACGCAGCGCGGUCGCGCGCCCACAUUCGCGAUUAACCCCGAUUUCGCGGCCGCGUCCCGUGUCUUUCCGCGCGGGCCAGCGCCUUCAUCGACGCCAAAAAAGCCAUUGCCACACGGCCAUGUUUGUCGAGGCGAAACCGUGUCCUUCCCACACACGAACGUCCGCGUCGUAUCCGAUGGCGAUCGACCCGGUUUCCUGUUCGGAUCAUCCGCGAUCGGGCGACCUCACGGGUUCCUUGCACGUACGUAUCGUGGAUCGCGCGGAUCACGGACCGCGUCGUCGUCGUGGGUCCACGCGAGUCUCUGUCUCGGCCGAGGCAUACGGCAUACGUUACGCCACGAGACGCCGUGAAUCGUAGCGGCGGUGGCGGCCUUCGAAGCGUAUCGCGCGCGCGUUUCUGCUCUCACGUGCUCUCACGACACGACACGACGCGUCGCGUGGCAUAUCUUUACGAUAUUCGUCUCAUCGGAAGAUAGGUCUUCCGGAAGAUAGCUGCGCGUGCUGCGUUUCGCGCGCGAUCGCACGUGGUUCUCGUGCGCGAGACGACGACUCGGCGGUAUCACCGUCGCCACGUCGCGUCGGCGACCAGCGUCUCACUCUCGCACAGAGACAACAUUUCUAGAAUGCUGCCGCGUUAACUUCGCAUGCGACUACGCGAUGUAGUCUAAUGGACGGACUAUGCGAAUUGGAUGAUAUGAUAUGAAUGCAAAAAUAUUCAGAUAUGGAGCAACUUAGCGAAGGACAGGCGGUUGUAGUUGGAGGUACUGGUGGAACUGUACAAGUGGUUCAGAUGAGCCAAGGUGGUCAGACCAUGAUGCUUCCACAGGCAAUACAAGUAGCGGCACCUAAUGGACAGAUCCAAGUGGUUCCAGUUUCUAGUCUGACUAGCACGGGUCAGCAGAUAGUUAUUCAACAACCACAGACACCACAAAUCAUUCAAACUCCAGAUGGACAGACAUAUAUUUAUCAACCUGUACAACUGGAAGGUCAAGUUCAACAAGCGCAACCAACGGUGAUAAACCUUAAUGGCAAUCUUAUGCAAAUUGCUGGUACAACCUCGCAGACUACAACUACAGCAGCUACUACAACUCCAGUACAACCUUUAGGUAGUCCUACAUCAACAGUAUCACAAGCAGGAAAUGUCGUAAUGAUGGUACCAGGUAAUAGCGGGCAAGCACAGUUCCAAAGAGUAGCAUUGCCUAAUGCUGAACUUCUUGAAGAAGAACCACUUUACGUCAAUGCAAAACAAUAUAGACGGAUACUGAAACGUCGGCAAGCACGUGCUAAACUGGAAGCUGAAGGAAAAAUACCUAAGGAAAGACCAAAAUAUCUUCACGAAUCCCGUCAUCGACAUGCGAUGAACAGAAUUCGUGGUGAAGGUGGUCGUUUCCAUUCAGGUCAAGCAAAGAAACGAAAUAGAGAAAAUGCAAACACCACGAUUACCCAGCACAUCACAACCUCAACCAGCACCGAUAAUAUUCAUACAAUAGCAAUAGCAGCUGCAAAUGUAGGUGUACAAUAUCACGACACAGACAAUAUGGCAUCCACGAUUAUAUUUGAAAAACCAAAUAUUCCUCUGCAAGAUAUGAUCUCUGAUGACAACAUUAUCUCAAAUAAUCGAUUAAUAUAGAUAAUAGUAUAAAUUGGAUUAAAAAACAAAUAUGAGACUUG